GGAAGUCGCGAAGCUUAGUGUGUAUGCUAACAUGUAUGCUGCCACACCUUAUAGGUCCAUCGUCCACAAACAAGAAUGGAUGUAAGUUAACAAUGACUGGAGAGAAGAAGAAGAAGAAGCGGAUCAACCGCAGCAUUCUUCUGGCUAAGAAAAUCAUUAUUAAAGAUGGAGGCACUCCACAGGGGAUUGGCGAACCCAGUGUCUACCAUGCCGUGGUGGUUAUCUUCCUGGAGUUCUUUGCCUGGGGACUGCUCACCACUCCCAUGCUUACGGUGUUACAUCAGACAUUUCCCCAGCACACAUUCCUGAUGAAUGGGCUUAUUCAUGGUGUCAAGGGCCUGCUGUCUUUCCUGAGUGCUCCAUUAAUCGGUGCUCUGUCAGAUGUGUGGGGCCGGAAGUCUUUUCUGCUCCUCACAGUAUUCUUCACCUGCGCUCCCAUCCCUCUCAUGAAGAUCAGCCCAUGGUGGUACUUUGCAGUGAUCUCCAUGUCCGGCGUCUUUGCGGUCACAUUCUCCGUGAUCUUUGCAUAUGUGGCCGAUAUUACCCAGGAGCAUGAAAGGAGCACAGCGUAUGGCCUGGUGUCGGCCACUUUUGCAGCCAGUCUGGUGACGAGCCCAGCGAUUGGUGCAUACCUGUCUGUGGCGUAUGGAGAUACUUUGGUGGUGAUCCUGGCCACAGCCAUAGCCCUGCUGGACAUCUGUUUUAUCCUGGUGGCAGUUCCCGAGUCCCUGCCUGAGAAGAUGAGACCGGCCUCCUGGGGAGCCCCCAUUUCCUGGGAGCAGGCCGAUCCCUUUGCAUCUUUGCGUAAGGUAGGUCAGGACUCCACGGUCCUCCUGAUCUGCAUCACAGUCUUCCUGUCCUACCUGCCUGAGGCUGGACAGUAUUCCAGUUUCUUCCUUUAUCUUAGACAGGUCAUAGGAUUUACAUCAGAAACAGUUGCUGCCUUCAUUGCAGUGGUGGGAAUCCUCUCCAUCUUGGCUCAGACGGUUGUCCUGGGAAUCCUGAUGCGUUCCAUUGGAAAUAAGAACACUAUCUUGUUAGGCCUCGGCUUUCAGAUCCUACAGCUGGCCUGGUAUGGCUUUGGUUCCCAGCCCUGGAUGAUGUGGGCUGCUGGAGCUGUGGCUGCCAUGUCCAGCAUCACCUUCCCAGCGAUCAGUGCCAUUGUGUCCCGCAACGCUGACCCUGACCAACAGGGUGUGGUGCAGGGGAUGAUCACAGGUAUCCGAGGACUAUGUAAUGGCCUGGGUCCAGCACUCUAUGGUUUUGUCUUCUACCUGUUUCAUGUUGAGCUCAGUGAAAUGGAUCCUGCUGAGAGCACAGAGAAGGGUGCCAAACCCAACAUGGCCAACCCCACAGAUGAGAGUUCCAUCAUACCUGGCCCUCCCUUCCUGUUUGGAGCAUGCUCGGUGUUGCUCUCCCUGCUGGUUGCUCUCUUCAUCCCAGAGCACAACGCCCUCAACCUGCGGCCCGGCAGCUACAAGAAGCACAACAACGGUGUGCAGAGCCACUUACACAGUUCACAGGGUGGCCCCUGCGAGGGCAAGGAGCCUCUGCUAGAGGAUAGCAGCGUAUAACCUCACUGACGAGGGGGUGGGCAUAGACCCCAAACCCCCUCACACUCACCACCCCACCUCCCAGGUGCACAUGAGCAGUGCACCUUUUGCAGAGUCUUAGGGAUGAUGUCACCACCCCCUUCUUGUUACCCCACAGCUUGGAGAAGGCCUGCCAGGUUGGCUGCUUUCCAGAUGCUACAGAACAUGGUACCUGUAGAUGGGCUGUGGGUACGUGGGGGACUGGUGCACAUAUUACACGUGUGGGACUGGGCCAACAGGGAGCUGCCCUUUGCCUUGUGGAACAGGAAGUGAAGCUAAGGACAUUUUGCCUUGCACAAGUGAGGGAAAUGCAAGCUGACACAGCUCUGUGCUGAAAAGGACUUGAAGGUUUUCCUCAUUUUAACUUUGUGUGUGUGUGUGUGUGUGUGUGUGUGUGUGUGUGUUUUCUCUUUCAGAAUUUCAAUGUAAAUGUUCCUUGUCCAAAGAAACCUGGUAACUGAAACAGUAGGGAACUUGUCUGUUGUGACAUGUUACAGACUAACUUUUGAUGUGCUACUUUCUACUGGUUGAUCUUGUUUUGUAAUUAAUAAGAGUGAAAGAGACGCUUCUAGAGAGAGUGUGUUUUCUUUUCACAGCUGUGGAGUGCCUCAAACUGCACCCUUAAAGGGAUAGUUCAUCCAAAAAUUCUGUUAUCGUUUAGUCACCCUCAUGUCUAUCCAAACACAUUUGACUUUCUAGUGUGGAAUACAGAAAGAGUUGGCUAUCAGAGGGUCCAAGCUGUCCUGUCCUUGUUCACCAUUCACUUUCAUUGUAUAAUGAUGGAAGAAAGUCAUGGUUUAGAAUGACAUUAGGUUGAGUAAAUUAAGAGUUCAUUUUUGGGUGAAAUAUCCCUUAAAGGAAAUGUAACGAAGAAAGAGGGUCGUCGAAAUUAUCAUUAAACAAAAUCAUUGCUGUUGUAUCAUACUCCUUUAACCUAUCAUUCUUGUUCUUUUACAUCAAAUGAAAUCAUUUCAUAUGGCAUAUGUGAGGUGGCCAAGUUUUAUGUGGAGGAAGUAAAAGUUGCCUCUAAGUGACUUUUUAUUGCUAUUACUAUUCCCAAAUGAAGUCCACGCUUUGAGAAGCGUAAGUAAUUGUAUUGCUCCUGUUGGAGCCUGUGAAUAUUAAGUUCUGGUUUAUCGUCCGCCUCACCUUAAGCCCUCCCUGUGAAAGUCAGCACUGCCACGUUACAACAGGCUAGCAGGGUUCUGUUCUCAUUACAAGCUUACAGACAGUCAUCAAGUCAUACCUAGUUUUCAUAUUAACGCAAGCACUGAUGUAAGUGGAAUAGCUAAAAUGUGAUUGGAUGAGUGUCACUAGAUUCAGUGAAUUAAUAUCACACAUGCUGCUAUUUUAGGAUUACAAGGUUACAAGUUCUGUGGUAUUAUACUAGAUUCUAAAUGUGGUAUUUCAGUUAGAUCCAAGCAUUUUCAAGUAUGUCGUUGUAAUUUUAGACCCCUUAAUUUUGUGGCUGGUUUCUGUUUGCGGUACGCUUUGAGGAAAAAAACGUUUAAUACUUUAUCAGAUCUAAACAUGACUGUUUGAUUUUCCUGUGUAAAGCCUCAAGUGCAUUCAGAUCACAGUUGAUUUAGAUUUUUUUUUUUUUUUUAGGUGCCAUACCUAUGACUUUUAUUUCUGUGUGUUUUUAUUUGUUUGUGUGUUUCUCUCUUGUUUUUCUUUUUUAAACUGCAAUCCACAAGGGUCUUCUAGAGAAUCCACAGGCUUAGUCAAAAUAAUUUGUUUUUAAACUAACUUUUUGGACUAUUUAUGUUCCCUUGCAACAUUGCAAACAAUGUAAAUGUUAUUUAAAAUGGACUGAAAUGGUUUUCCUUCAUGUUCCUUAACACUUCUCUACAUUGAUCCAUAUGGCCAAACUUUAAUGGAGUUUUUUUGUAAUAUAUCCUAGUGAGGAAUGGAGAGAAUGGUUAUGAUCCUGUUUUGUAUAUGCAUAAAUGUUCUGACUCUCACUAGCCACUAACUUGCGAAGAAAAAAAAGCCAAUUAAUUUGUGCCUAAAAUGUGCUCUAAAAGAAUAGAACCAGUAUAUGUGAAUAGUAAACCGGCUGUAAAUAUUAGAAACUAAUGAGAAACUAUUUAUUAAAAGUUUAUUGAUAUUGAAGUCA